AUGAAAACCAUUCAUAAGCUAUGUUCUGUAAAGAAGAUCUCGUUUUGCAAAACCUCGGAGUGGAACUCACUGCCUGGUGCCAGUCGCUUUGACGUCCGACAGGGAGAACUUGGUGACUGUUGGCUGCUAGCUGCUGUAGCGUCCUUGACCUGCAAUGAGAAGCUCUUCAAUUUUGUGGUGGAUCCCCACCAGUCCUUCACCAACAACUACUGCGGCAUUUUUAAGUUCAACUUCUGGCAUCAGGGAGAGUGGCAGGAGAUUGUCGUGGAUGACCGACUGCCUACCUACCGCAACCAGCUGGUCUUCAUGCACUCCACGGAGAAAAAUGAAUUCUGGAGUGCCCUGCUGGAGAAAGCAUAUGCCAAGCUGAUGGGCUCCUAUGAAUCCCUGAAAGGUGGCAGCACCAGCGAGGCCAUGGAGGACUUCACUGGUGGUGUGACUGAGAUGUUUGAUCUGAAGGAGGCUCCACCAAACUUGUUGAACAUCAUGCUAAAGGCUUACCAGCGUGGCUCACUGAUGGGCUGCAGCAUUGACGCGGUGCCAGGACAAACAGAAGCAGAACUCAGCAAUGGCCUCAUCUGUGGACAUGCUUACAGUGUCACUAGUGUACAACUGGCUGAUAUCAAAACUGCAAGAGUUCAAGGUCAGAUCCCUAUGGUGAGGAUCCGAAACCCGUGGGGUAAUGGUUCAGAGUGGAAGGGAGCCUGGAGUGAUGGAUCCAAAGAAUGGACUUUGUUGUCAGAUUCUGAGAAGAAAGAGCUUGGACUCAACUUUGAUGAUGAUGGUGAAUUUUGGAUGUCCUUCCAAGACUUCAAGAGCAACUUCCACAAGCUGGAGAUAUGUAACUUGGGUCCUGAUUCUCUGGAUGAAGAUGACCUUCAGAACAAGAAGAAAUGGGAAACUUUCAAAGAACAUGAGGCUUGGAUCAGAAGGGUUAACGCAGGAGGAUGUCGUAACUACCUUGACACAUUCUGGACGAAUCCUCAGUUCCGAAUGACCUUGACUGACCCUGAUGAUGAUGAUGAUGAUGACAUAUGUACCGCCCUGGUUGCCAUUCUCCAGAAGGACAGACGCAAGAAGCGGAAGGAAGGGUUAGAUCUCCUGACCAUUGGUUAUGUCAUCUAUAAGCUAACAGACCCAAACUGUGGCCCCCUGGACAUGAACUUCUUCAAGUUCAAUGCCUCCGUGGCCAAGUCACCCACCUUCAUCAACAUGAGGGAGAUCUGUGGCAGACACAAGCUGCCUCCAGGAACCUACGUCAUUGUUCCUUCCACAUUUGAACCGCACUAUGAGGGGGAGUUCUUAGUAAGAAUAUUUACUGAGAAAGCCAAUGUCUCUGGCGAGAUCGAUGAACGAACUGGCCUGGAUGAGGAUGCUCUUGUAAGACCGCCCCCCCCCCCCCACCCCACUCAUUAUCGUUGUAAAAGAGUUGCCAU